CAUCUCUAUACAUCCCUCUUUAUCCCGUCGAUACGCCCCUAUAUAUCCAAGAUGGUGCUCAAGAUGGGGGUCUCCACCCUCGUGGCGGGCAUGUUUCUCACCGGCUGUGCAAACAGUCUUCUCUCCAAGUACCAAGACAUGGAAUGCGUAGAGCAAUGCGAUACAAGCACUCCCAUCGCAUUCGAACAGCCUGUGUGGCAAACAUUGAAUAUGUUCAUCGGCGAAUUUGGAUGCUGCCUUCCCCUUCUAUGGAGCUACUAUCAUGGUCGCGAAAUGAAGACCUCCAGCGGCCCUCAGGCGUCUGUGUUUAGUCGCAUUGUCGCUCGUCUUCCGCUUGGCUCAGGCCCCACUACUCAACCUGAAGAAUACUCUCGCGUUGACGACCACCUUGAAGAAGAUUCGGAGGCCGAGGAUGAGGACGCGGGUCACGUUCUGCAAGGCUGGAGGAUGUGCUGGAUGUGGUUUCCCGCUUUCUUUGACAUAUGUGGGACCACGCUCAUGAAUGUUGGGCUCAUUCUCACCCCGGUCUCUAUAUUCCAGAUGUCUCGAGGUGCUCUUGUACUCUGGGUGGGGGUGAUGUCUGUCAUCUUUCUCCGUCGACACCUUUAUCUGUACCAAUGGUCCGCCCUGAUCAUCGUUACUUUGGGUGUCUGUCUUGUCGGCCUCUCAGGAAGCUUGGUCAAGAAAGCCGUCAGUGACCCUGUCAAUUUUGUGCACACACUUUCCACUGCGCCCGCAAAUGACCCUGCUCGGGUCGCAGUCGGCGUCAUACUCAUUCUCUUUGCCCAGAUCUUCACGGCGUGUCAAUAUGUGGUAGAGGAGAAGAUUAUGUCUCGCUAUCAAGUAGACCCGAUGAAAGCGGUCACGCUUGAGGGCUUCUUCGGUCUUACGACUACUCUUCUUGCUAUGCCGUUCCUCCAUCUCUUCUUCCACGACAAAUCCCCCUACUUUGACAUCCCUCGAGGCUGGCAGCAAAUCAUCUCCACCCCCACUGUGCUCUACUCUUGCUUUGCCAUCAUGCUCUCCAUCGGCUCCUUCAACUUUUUUGGUUUGAGCGUCACUAGCAGCGUCAGCGCCACCACAAGAAGCACUGUGGACACCUGCCGUACCUUGGGGAUUUGGGUAGUCAGCUUGGCUUUAGGCUGGGAGGCUUUGGUGUGGCCGUUCUCCUUGCUUCAAGUGACAGGUUUUGCCAUGCUAGUCUAUGGAACGUUUGUCUUCAACGGCCUGAUCAGACCUAUCAUUUUCCCUCCACCACCUAGCAUUCAUCUUCCUCACGAGCCAGAGCUCGAAGAGACCGGCGAAGUGCCUGCCGCUGGCGCUCAAGGCAGAGCUGGCUACGACGUUGUGCCGGAGAAUGAACACCGAGCUUAGACGGUGACCACUUGGCAGCAUAUGGACCAGGUCCGUCUUUUGUAUAUUAUAUGCAUGACACAAAGUAUUCAUGAAAUCAAUGACACGGAUCAAUGACACGGAGGAAUAAAUUCCUGCAUUUACAAUAUGACCAACGUCGUAUCUUUCAUGAAAAGGUCUGGAUAAGCAUAGGGACCAUUGCGUCCCAGCUCAUAAGUCUGAGAUUUUCUCUCCCCCCACGCAAACGGAAUCCGAAACGCACGCCGAGCGCCGUUCAAUGACGCUUCGACACGUACCCAUCAUCUGAGCGUCGUGAUCUUGCUCUGCAGCAAGGCUCUAUACACCGAUUGCCCCAUUUGGUCUCGAUAGCAAGAGAUAUUACUUGGGGAGAGGAUACUACAGUUGGUCAGUGAUCUUGCACCUAGACACAUCGGAUGGAUGUCACCUGUUGAAGAGUCG